GCCCUCCCUCCUAAUCUUAUUGCUAUCAAAAAGUAAAGCGCAAAUAAAUCAGCGUAAUUUUACUAUUUCCCAUCAUCAUUCUCUUCGUCAUUUUCUCUGCAUCUCCUUUUUGAAGCUUAUUACAAUGGCGGAAACUGCUAUAGUGCCAAAAUCAGAAAAUCCCCAUAUCGUAAUUUUACCAAGUCCUGGUAUGGGUCACUUAAUCCCUCUUGUUGAAUUUUCUAAGAGACUAAUCUCUCAACACCAAUUUUCUGUCACUCUUAUUCUCCCUACUGAUGGACCUAUCUCUAAUUCUCAGAAAAUUUUCCUUAGUUCUCUUCCCUCUUGCAUGGAUUAUCACCUUCUUCCUCCUGUUAAUUUCGAUAAUUUACCUCUUGAUGUUAAAAUUGAAACUAGAAUCUCCUUUACUGUUACGCGUUCUCUUCCUUCACUGCGUGAAGUUUUUAAAACACUUGUUGAAUCCAAGAAAGUUGUUGCUUUUGUGGUUGAUCUUUUUGGUACUGAUGCAUUUAAUGUUGCCAUUGAUUUCAACGUUUCCCCUUAUAUUUUUUUCCCUUCUACUGCCAUGGCUUUGUCUCUGUUUCUUUACUUGCCCAAGCUUGAUGCAACCGUGUCAUGUGAGUACAGAGACUUACCUGACCCGAUUCAGAUUCCGGGUUGUAUUCCUAUUCAUGGCAAGGAUCUUCUUGACCCGGUUCAGGACCGGAAAAACGAAGCUUACAAAUGGCUUCUUCAUCAUUCUAAGAGGUAUAGAAUGGCUGAGGGAGUAGUAGCUAACAGUUUCAAGGAAUUGGAAGGAGGAGCCAUUAAAGCUUUGCAGGAAGAAGAACCCGGCAAGCCACCCGUUUACCCGGUUGGACCACUUAUUCAGAUGGAUUCGGGUAGUAAGGUUGAUGGGUCGGGUUGUCUGACGUGGCUGGAUGAACAGCCACUUGGCUCUGUUUUGUACAUCUCGUACGGGAGUGGUGGGACCCUCUCUCAUGAGCAGCUUAUUGAAGUUGCAUCAGGAUUGGAAAUGAGUGAACAAAGGUUCUUGUGGGUAAUUAGAUGUCCCAAUGACAGUGUAGCCAAUGCCACUUAUUUUAAUGUCCAAGAUUCAGCUAACCCUCUUGAAUUUCUCCCAAAAGGGUUCUUGGAAAGGACCAAAGGGCUAGGUUUAGUGGUGCCUAAUUGGGCCCCACAAGCUCAAAUUCUUAGUCAUGGUUCAACGGGCGGGUUCUUGACUCAUUGCGGAUGGAACUCGACUCUCGAAAGUGUGGUCCACGGAGUACCACUCAUAGCUUGGCCACUAUAUGCUGAACAAAAGAUGAACGCGGUUGUGCUAACUGAGGAUAUUAAAGUGGCACUGAGGCCAAAAGCCAAUGAAAAUGGACUAGUGGGAAGAUUGGAAAUUGCUAAAGUUGUGAAAGGAUUAAUGGAAGGUGAAGAAGGAAAAGGAGUGCGCACUAGAAUGAGAGACCUUAAAGAUGCAGCAGCUAGAGUUCUGAGUCAAGAUGGUUCUUCUACAAAAGCACUAGCUGAAUUGGCUACUAAAUUGAAGAAUAAGAUGUUAAACAAUUGAUAUAGCCAUUAUUUAUUAUAUGUUUCUACUUCUACUUCUAGUUAGUUGUUAUAAGCUGGUAGUAAUUGCGCUUUUGCAGUUGAAAAGUUAGACAUGUAUGGCUUAUUGCUUGCUUUGUGUACAGCGAUGAAAACUAGUAUCUAUUCAACUAGUCCCUCCUAUUUUAAAUGAUAGAAUAUCUCCUAUUUUAAAUGA